AUGCGAAAUGAAGCCGAAGUGUUGAGCAGAUCCUCGAGAAGUGAUACUGAAAUUGACGAAAAAAACGUAAUGAAACAAAAGGACAGUAAAUAUUCAAAAAACGCCGAUAUCUCUGACGAAGAGAGCGAUGAGAUAAGUGUCACAAAGAAUGCUAAAGAUUGCGGCGAAAGAAACACUGAUAAGACAUUAAUGGAAACAAAUGCCGACAACAGCGAGGAAUGCGGAGAAGAGGAGCGAAAGAAAGGGUCGGACGGGGGGUCAGGAGGCGAGACCUGUGGCCACAAGAAGUCCAAAUACGAAAAGCCUCCGUUCAGUUACAACGCGCUAAUAAUGAUGGCUAUCAGACAGAGCUCUGAGAAACGGCUGACACUAAACGGCAUUUACGAGUUCAUAAUGAAGAACUUUCCCUAUUAUCGGGAAAACAAACAA